AUGGCCAACGUGCUCGACAUCGCCGAUAAACCGAUCUUCGAAGAGCGCAUCGUCGGCCUCGAGAUCCACACGUACAACCCGUACGCCAACACCUCGUUUGGGCACAGCGACGAGAUACGGAUUCCCAUACAACAGCAGAAUCUGUACACGUUGCCCUGCGAGAGCUAUCUCUCUAAGAGCUACCUAUGCAUCGAGGGUACGUUCUCGAUCGUUGGGACGGCAGCCAGAGAGGGAGACGCUGGAGCGGCGCACACGGACCAGGCGCGACUGGUGAACAACUGCGCGGCGUUCCUGUUCGACGAGAUUAGUUACGAGCUCAACGGCGUGGAAAUAGACAGGAGCCGAAACGUCGGCGUGACGAGCACGCUCAAGAGCUACGUGUCCCUGACUCACGCGCACGCUAACAUCCUGCAGAACGCGGGAUGGAAUUUGGCGAACAACACGUUGGGACCGGGCGAUUUCAACCUCUGCGUCCCUCUCGGGACGCUUCUGGGCUUCUGCGAGGACUACAGACGCGUGGUGAUCAACGCGCGACACGAGCUCGUUCUGAUCCGCGCGCGCAACGACAACAACUGCGUCGUGAGGUCGAGCGACCGACACGAGCCGAAGAUAGACCUGCACAAGGUGCAGUGGCGCAUGCCGCGCGUGUACCUGAACGAGAUCAACAAACUACGGCUGCUGCGCACCCUCGAGAGUGGGCGAUUUCUUAGCAUGGCGUUUCACUCGUGGGACCUGUACGAGUUCCCCCUUCUGCAGAGCACGACCGCGCACACCUGGGCCGUGAAAGCGGCUACGCAGCUGGAAAAGCUGCGCUACGUCAUCUUCGCGCUGCAGACCGGCCGAAGGAACGUUGCGACGAAGGACGUCUCUCUGUUCGACGAAUACGACCUCUCCAACGUGAAGCUGUUUCUCAAUUCGGAGUUCUAUCCCUACGACAACAUGCAUCUGGACUUUACGAAGAAUCGGUACGCAGUGCUGUACGACAUGUACGCCAGAAUCCGCAGAGCGUACUACGCGCUCGAUCGAGACGAUGACGGUGCGAUGCUGAUGAUGAACAAGUUCCUGUAUUGCGGUCCACUCGUGGUGAUAGACUGCUCGAGGCAGAACAAGGCCGUGAAGAGCGCCACCGUUGACGUACGCAUAGAGUUCAACUGCAGGCGUAACGUCCCGCCCGAGACCACGGCUUCCUGCCUCAUACUUCACGAUCGCGUAGUCGAGUACAAUCCGCUGACGAGCGUAGUUCGACGGGUCGUAUAA